GGAAAUCUACUCAGAACCUCCAUCUCUGACAUCAUGGUCAACUCCUGUUGUGGCUCUGUCUGCUCUGAGCAGGGCUGUGAUCAAAGUCCCUGCCAGGAGAGCUGCGGCCAGCCCAGCUGCAGUCAGCCCAGCUGCAGCCAGCCAAGCUGCUGCCAGACUACCUGCUGCAGGACUACCUGCUGCCGCCCCAGCUGCUGUGUGUCCAGCUGCUGCAGGCCCACCUGCCAGACCACCUGCUGCCGCCCAGUCUGCUGCCAGACCACCUGCCGCCCCAGCUGUGGAGUGUCCAGCUGCUGCCGCCCAGUCUGCUGCCAGACCACCUGCCGCCCCAGCUGUGGAGUGCCCAGCUGCUGCCGCCCAGUCUGCUGCCAGACCACCUGCCGCCCCAGCUGUGGAGUGUCCAGCUGCUGCCGCCCAGUCUGCUGCCAAACCACCUGCCGCCCCAGCUGUGGAGUGUCCAGCUGUUGCCGCCCAGUCUGCUGCCAGACCACCUGCCGCCCCAGCUGUGGAGUGUCCAGCUGCUGCCGCCCAGUCUGCUGCCAGACCACUUGCCGCCCCAGCUGCGGAGUGUCCAGCUGCUGCCGCCCAGUCUGCUGUCAGACCACUUGCUGCCGUACAACUUGCUGUGGCCCCUCUUGCUAAAUUUCCUCUCUAACUACCAAUCCCGAGGCAGCCAUAAUCACAAUGCUCUAACCUUCUCAUCCAUGUUAACUUUUUCCUGUACUAAAUGCCUCCUACCUUUGUUGUCCUGACACCAGUAAGAAACUGCCAAAAGAGAGUGCUACAUUACGUACCGCUCAUAUUUCCCAAAGAUCUCACCUCUACAUGUCUGUCUCAGCUACAUGGUAUAGCUGAUCAUAUCUCUCAAGUCUCUACUACCAUCCUUCCCUUGGCCUUUACCAUUCUGUGUUAACUAUUCUUCAAUAAAUAUUGCCUUAUUUCAGAAGUAUA